AUGCAGGUGGCAGGCCACCCAGUCGCUCGCACACUGGAGGCGGGAGUCACGCUCUUCUCAGCGGCGGAGAUACGAGUGGUGCUGCUGCCGGUGGGCGAGGCGCCUGAGGCCGUGUUCCAGCGCUACGCCUCCCUGAUUGUGCGGCACCGCCAGGUGGAGCUCAACAACGUGCGAAGCUUCUACAAGGAGGCGCAGAAGAGUCCCUUCAAGUUCUUCCCAUGGAAGCAGGGCAACAUGCACUUCCGCUUCCUGCCGGAGGAGCUGGCUCUUGAGGCCUCGCCGCUGGCGCCGCUGCACAGCCACCGGCGGGUGCUGGGCGUGAUUGGCAUCAUGCACUGCCCAGAGGUGCAGGACGUCGCCAAGGCGUACCUCCAGUUUGAGCAGCGCUGCAAGGCCUUCCCCGACGCCUUCACGCUGCGCUGCUUUGCGUUUGAGCCCAGCGACGAGCAGAUCCAGGAGGACCGCAAGGGGCAGCGAAACUUCAUCAUGUUCCCACCGGGUGACUAUGAGCAGCUGGACAACCAUGCUGAGGUGGUGAUGCACGACUUUGCGGCCUGCCUGCUGGCGGAGCUGGAGCGGUGGAUGCUCAACGCCUCCCCCGCCAUGGUGGACCUGUCGGGGCAGCUGGUGGAUGCGCCGGAGUUUGCGGGGGCCACGGGCGCACUGGAGGCGGUACAGACGAGGCUGUACAGCGACGAGGAGCUGAAGACCAAGAAGCGGUACGGCCGGCUGCAGAAGGCCAUGGGCGACUACUGCCUGCUGGCGGGCAGCCCCCUGGAUGCUCAGGACCACUACAGCACAGGCGGGUGGAGGCAGGGGCAGGCCGUGGAGCUGGGGCGUACCGCCCAGGACUGGAUCUACCUGGGGGCGGCACUGGAGGGGUAUGCAGCGGCCAAGGUGCUGCACGAAGCCAUCACCCACGGCGCCUUUGCCAUCAACCAGAGCAGCGUGUUUAAUGACGAGGAGCAGUGGCGCACGCCCCGCAAGGAGACGCCCGUGGAGGGCGACGGCGAGAACGGCGGCAGCGUGUCUGAGGCCUCCCGCGGCAGCAGCGCGUUUGGCGGCGCGCAGUUCUGGGCGGCGCUGCGUGGGGUGGAGCGGCUGGAGGGCGAGGUGCGCAGCCUGUUUGCCGAGGCCAAGGCGUCCAUACGGCGGCGGGGCGGCCAGCCGCUGCUGGUGGAAAGCGACCUCAAGCUGGCGCGCUUCGUGGCGGGCCUCCACGGCGUGCUGGCUCGCCGCGAGGCAUCCGAGGUGGUGUCCCAGCUGCUGCUGGCGGCUGAGGGGCUGGCCCUGCCUGAGGAUCGGCUGCUGACGUUUGUGGAGGGGGCGCAGGUGCUGGGGCUGGUGGGCAGCGCCCGCAAACGCGUGCUGCUGCUGUGGCAGGCGGUGGAGCUCAGCAAGUUCCUGGGCUUCCCCACCACCCGCACCCUGGACGUGGCGCGCAAGGCGCUGGAGCCUCCUGACGACCCUCAGGAUGCGGAGGGCGAGGAGGCGCUGUGGGGCCGGAGCCGGGCGCUGUCGCAGAGCGCCGUCCCGCGCUCCUGGCCGCAAGUGCUGGCAGGCUGCCUGGAGGCUGUGCUCGGCCUGGCCAUCUAUGCCAAGCAGCAUGCAGACGUGUGGGACGCGGCGGCGGCGCUGCUGCGGGAGCACUCAAGCGAGCUGUCGGCGCACCGGCAGCAGUCGCUGCUGGAAAACCUGCUGGCGGCGGCCAGCCAGCUGGCGGCGGCGGACAAGGCGCGCCCCGGCCCCGGCCCGCCCCCGCUGCUGUACUUCCAGGCGCCGCGGCCGCCGCCGCUGGCGCAGCGCCCCGUGAGGUUCAGUGUCGGCCUGCGCCCGGCGCCCGGCAGCCUCACCGGCAGGCAGGGCAGCGGGCCCUUCCUGUACGACCCUUUCAGCGCCAAGAGGGAGCAGGCAAGCCAGGCCACGAAGCCUGGGGGUGCCCCUGCUGAUGCACGUGUGGCUGAGCGGGCAGCGGCCGCGGCCAAGAGCCUGGCUGUGUCGGCGGGCCCUGUGGAGUGGGUGUGUGGCGAGGUGGCCAGCGUGGAGGUGGAGGUGGCCAACCCCACGGCCGUGGGCAUGCGGAUCGACAAGCUGGUGCUGGAGGCCAGCUACCUCGGUGACGCCUCCAUGGCACCCCGAGAAUACAUGACCAUCACCUCCACCACGCAGGCCGCCUGGAAGCCCAAGCCCGUCUCCCUGAACAUCCCUGCCUCCACCAAGCCCGUGCGCAUCAUCCUGGAGGGCACUCCCCUGCUCAAGGGCAUGCUGGUGCUGACGGGGUGCAGGCUGACAGCCUUUGGCGGCGUGUCUUGGUUCCAGCCCUGGAGCCGGCCGCCCCCCAGCGUGGGGCAGCAGAUGGCAUACAGCCGGCGGGAGGCCGGCGGCGGCGGCGGCGGCGGCAUGGAGCCUGCACCCUCUGGCUUCAGCGCCGUCAGCGGGGUCAGCGGCGUGGCCAACGGCGGCGGCGGCACCGCCGAUGGUCCUGCCGCGGCGCCAGAGGCGCGGGUGGUUGUGGUGGAUCCGCUGCCGCUGGUGCAGCUCAGCCUGCAGGCGGCGGAGGGGGUGCCGGACAGCCCGCAGGCCGGCGCGGCAGAGGGGCUGGGCAUGCUGCCGCCGGGCGGCGAGGCCGCGGGCAGGCCGCACGCGCUGCGGCUGCUGCAGGGGCAGGCGUAUGCCGCGCGGCUGACGGUCACCAACAACAGUCGUGCGCCCGUGGGCUGGGCCAGUGUCAGCGUGCGGCAGAAGGAGCCCGCCAGCCGCCUGUCCAUCUCGGUUGAUGCCGCGGCGCUGCAGGCGCAGAUGCCGCUGGCGGCGGGCCAGUCGUGCAGCGUGCCGCUCACCUUUGCCACCGGCGUGCGUGCCACGCAUGCUGCCGAGGAGGUGCUGGCAGCCGAGGUGUGCCUGGAGUAUGUAAGCCCCGAGGCAGCAGGCCCGCUGCUGCAAAACGGAGACGGCGGCAGCGGCGGCGCCGGCGAGCUUGGCGGCGGCGGCGGCGGCCAGUCGGCGCUGGGGCGGCACGCCGUGCUGCCUGUGGACCUGCACGUGCAGCCGUCGGUGCAGGUGGUGGCGGUGCAGUUCCGAGACGUCUACCUGCCGGCGACGAAGCGCGGCGCCGGGGCUGGUGCAUGCAGCGGCGGCGACGGCGGCGGCGGCAACGGCAGCGGGGACGGCAACAGCGGCGGCGACAUAGGCAACAGCAGCGGCGAUGGCGGCACCGCCUUUGAGCGGCGAUGCGUGAUGGAGGUGGUUGUGUCCAACCGCGGCCGCUGGCCGCUGCAGGUCUGGCUGGGCCCCGGCACUCCUGACGGUGAGCAGCUGCUGGCUGCUGCCGCGCUGGAUGCGCUGCUGCCGCCGGUGGUGCCCCCUGCGGCAGAGGGGCUGCCCACCAGCGGCUUGCUGCGGCCGGGCCGGCGCUGCACCGUGUCUUACAUUCUAGACCCCUUAACCAGCGGCAGCGGCGGCGACGCAGACGCAGACGGCGGCGGCAGCGGCAGGCUGGGCAGGGGCGGCGGCGGCGGGGGCCUGCCCUCGCGCCCGCCCUUGAGCUUUGAGGAGCAGCAGCGGCAGGCGUGCGCGGAGCGGCUGUGCCGGGCGCUAUCGUUGUUCUAUCGGGUGGACGCUGACGAGGCGGGCUUGCCAGAGUCUGGCGUGGGCAUCGCGCCGCUGGUGCACGGCGAGGUGUACAACGGGCUGACGUACCGCAACCUGGCCCUGCUGGAGCCCUGCGCCCUCACCGUGCGGCUCACUGCGGAGCCUCACCAGCAGCAGCAGCAGCAGCAGCAGGAGGCGCAGGAGGAGGAGGAGCAGGAGGAGGAGGAGGAAGCAGAGAGCAGCGGCAAGCCGGCGCAGCAGCCCGUGCAGCUGGUGUCGCCCCCAGAGGCAUCGGGGCACGCCGAGCAGCAGCAGCACGCGCAGCAGCAGCCGCACGGGCAGCAGCAGCAGGCGCAGUCGCCCUACGCCCGCUUCCCGGCGCUGGCGGCCGCGCUGGGCCAGCUGCUGAGCGUCACUGUGUGGGUGACCAACCAUGGGAUCGCCAGCGGCAGUGGCGGCGGCAGCGCAGGCGGCAGCAGCGGCGGCGACGGCGGUGCAGGGGCCGGUGGGGAUGCUUCAGGCGGCGGCAGCGGUACUGCGGCAGGGCCUCUGGAGCUGCAGCUGGAUGCGGCGCUGGCCUGCCUGCCGGUACGGGGCAGCGAGCAGGAGGAGGCUGCGGCAGGAGGAGCCGGGGUGGCGCCCGCCACGCAUGGCGACCUGACCGCUGUGUGGAGCGGCCAGCUGUGGAGCAGCCUGCGCCUGACGGUGCCCGCCGGCCAGACCGUCAGCCGGCGGCUGGGGCUGUGCCUGCUGGCCCCGGGGCUCUACCAGCUCAGCCUGCAGCAUUGGCGGUGCCGGCCCGCGGGGGAACGCGCGGCGGCGGCGGCCCAGCAGCAGCAGCAGCAGCAGCAGCAGCACAAGAAGAAGGCGGCGCCUGCGCCGCCGCCGGGCCCGCUGCUCAACACGAUGGUGGCUGUGCACCCCUGCUUCGUGCUGGCGCAGUGA